CAAUGACGUAAUGAAUUCAGAGCGCCACAGGAAACGACAAUUCCCAUGAUGCAUUGCACUAUAGUGGCCGCUAGACGGGGGAAGGGAAGCUGAGAUUGGAGGGAGAAACAAUCAGAAACUGAGAUUUUAAUGCAUGUGAGACCACCUCCUAAAGAUUCUGGCACAGAAGAAGCCCACCCAUGCUCCAUCUUCCCGUGGACACCUACACUUCUUACGUUGGACGUGUCAUUGUUUCACAUGACGCUGAAGAAAACACAGCUUUGUUGCAAGUCAAUUGAAUUGUACACCUAGCUCUGAGUCCUUAUUGGAUUUAUCUUGAUCGCCAAAGUAAUGAAGUGUCUGCUAUGAGGAGAGCUCAACCCUGAAAAGCGAUGUCAUUAUCCAGCUUCUGGGCACCUCUGAUGGUGAUGAGGAGCAAACCCACUGGCCAAGCAGACCUGCGGAGGGGAGGAAGGAGGGAGGGUUUUGGGAAACGCGCCAUUUCCUCUAGGCGGUAGACUGAUAUCUGCACAUUCCUCUGUGUGCACACUCAAGGUUCUAGCUUUGGAGGAGAAAUAAGGCAAACAUUAAAUCCCAAUAAUCGUUACUAUUGCAAAGGAAAAAAAGAGAUGUGCACUACCUGGAUAUCUGUUGCCAGUUUGGUGAAGUCUAACUUGUGACAGUGGACGUUUAUAUAUGUGAAGAAGAAGAAAAGAGCUAAAGCAGUCACUACACAUGUUCACUAAAGAAACCAUGCUAGUCCUUGUAGCAGCUUCCCGGCCCAUCUCAGUCCAGGAUUUCACAAGCCUUUAGAGGCCACAAUCAGGAAGACGCUAGCCAGCCAACCCUCUCAUAUGCAAUGGAAGAAGACACUGAUGUCACUUUCCACCUUGAGGGCCAAAAUGGUUUGUCUCAUGAACCAUCAGACGAGACUACCAAUGAACACUUGAACCAAAAGCCUGUCAUGAAUGGAUUGAUUAUCAGUCAUAAUGUCAAAGACCACACCAAUGGCAAUGCCUCCCUCACAUCCCUGCCGAUUUCAGCACUGAAGCAGAAUGGUCUCCUGCAGAGUCUGGCAGCAGGAGGAGACCAGCCUAAACCUGCAGAGGAAAAUGUGGAGCUGGAAAAGGCGAGACAGGAGUGGGAGGCCUUGGAGAACAUCCAGCCAGCUAUCACCGAGGACUCAAACCCCACACCACUCAUCUCUUUCAAUGAAGCCCUACAGUACUUCCAGACUACAGAUCUCGGGGACUUGCUUAAGAACAUCCAGCCAACUAUUCGCAGAACAGGUCUCGCUGCGAUCACACACUUCCUGUUUGGACCCCCUCGACUGCACAGGGAACUCCUGGAGGAGCGAGAUCUUGUCUUUGCCAUUGCGCAAUACCACGUAGACAACAGCCAGACAGUCCACAUGCGAGUUCUCCAAACCAUUUAUAAAAGGCUCAUCGGCUGCAGGCUGGACUGUCCUCGUUAUGGGACGCACUGGGAAAACAUUGGCUUUCAGGGUACAGACCCAGCCACUGAUCUGCGUGGCACUGGUUUCCUGGGACUUAUGCACACUCUGUACUUUGUGAUGGACCCAGAGACUCUGCCAUUGGCUCGAGAUAUCUACAAGUUAUCCCAACACCCUACUCAGAACUUUCCAUUUAGUGUGAUGUCAAUCAACAUGACCCGCAUUGCUCUUCAAGUACUCAGAGAAGAGGCCUUGUCUAAGGAGUGCAAUCGUCGUCAGCAAGUGGUUGGUGUGUUGAAUGAGUUUUAUGUGGCCACAUAUCUGCACCUGUACCAACUGUGGAAGACCCAACAGAAAACUAUUGCCGACUCUGGCUUUGUACUAAAAGAAGUGGAGCUGUUUGCCAAAAAGAACCCCAAGCAGAUGCUUCGCCGACUAGAGGUCUUCCUGAAAGAGAGACGGGCAGGUGGUAUCCCCCGUGGGGCAUCGCCAGAGCCACAGGCUCAGCAGCCUUCUCCCAACCUGGGAGAGCGAGUGGCCAAAGUUGCGACGGCGCAGGGAAGCAAGGGAAAGGAGAUGCAUUUUACAGGAGUGUGUGAUCUACCAUCUGACGUGGAGGGUGACGCCAGACUCAUCUAAGCUAGAGUCGGUGUAUGUUCGGGUGCUGUAUGUGUGUGUCUGUAAUGUGAGUGUGUAACUUCCUCCCAGAGAGCUCGCUGAAGAACACUCCUCCCUGUUACCAAUCUAUUCACACGUCCCCCUUUCUGUGAUGCUGGGGUGCUGCACUUUUCUCUCUCUUUUUUUAAAUUUUUUUUUUGAGGGAUGGGGGGGCAGAGCUAUAUUAUUUUAAUUAUUUAUUUUAGCACAGAACAGUCAACUGUCAGGACAGAUUUUUUUUCACAAAUCAAGAAAGUGAAUGAUUGCACUUUUCUGAGAAUUAAGUAGCUAAUUAAAUAGCUGCCAUGUUCUUGUGGUCACACCUCCGCCUGUUUCCGGUUUGUUGUGGACCUCAGCCUGCUUGUGUUGGCAUUUCAAAGACCAGUGUGGCAUGAGACUCACUUGCACUCUCCCACCCAUCUGUGAUGCAACAGAAGGACGUCAGGCAUAUUGUCAGCGCUAUUCACAGGGUCAAAACAGCAGCACAAUAGGUUACAAGCAGGAACCGUUGAGCAGGGAACUGGCUUCACAUUAGCUUGCCAUUGCGGUCUUGGUCUAGAAAGGACACCAUAGUCCAGACAGACUGUCAAGGGGCACGGUCUGAUGGAAUAGGUCUACAGGUCAAUCAUUGGCUAUAUUUUCAAGUGAGGAAAAAAAGCUAUGUUUUUGUUUGGUUGAACAACCAUUUCCAUUUUUAUAGAAUAUGAGUGAAGUCAAGAUUUUAACUAAAUCCUAAAACUAUACUGUUUUUCACCAUUAAAGCUUGAUAUGACUUAAGCUGAAGGUCUAAUAUAAGAUUUGUGGACAUUCCAUUAGUGAGCAUGUGAUUGUAUUGCUUUUGGCUUGUUAAAGCAUGUAUGUGUGGAAAUGACUGAGCUGACAUUGAUGAGGUGCGCUUCUGUAGGAGAUGUUUGGGACAGUAUGCAAUUCCAGCUCUCAAUGAUAAUCAAAAUGUCAGUGCUGUGUGACUAACUUCAGGGCUUGUGUGCUUGUGCAAGUUAACAAACUUGCGAUGUGUGGUGAGGGCGUUUGGCCGUGGUUGACUCGUCUGGCUUCUCCUCUUGGGGCAGAAUGAAUGACCUCACAAGGUGUGCAUGUGUGAUCGCGUGUGUCUUGUAUGAGAUGGGGUGCUUUCCUCCACACAAUAAGCCAGCUUUACUAAGUACUUGAUCUAGCUGCAAAAAUGGUACUUUCAUGGGUUUAAGGUGGUACUAAAUACUGGAACAUAAGUCAAAUUCUAUAAAUAACAAUAUGGCGUCAGCCAAGAGUGGGUUAGGACUCCUCAGCAAAGCUGGUUCGUGCUUUGUGCUUGUGUGAAAGUGUCUCAAUCUGUAGCAUGUUCAGGUAGCACUAGUACUGUAGCAUCCUAGCCUCCUCUUCCUCCAUGGUAAAGCUUGAUGAUGUCAUGUCGCCAUUGGUCUGUCAUGUCGCCAUUGGUCUGUCGUGUCAAUGAGUGCGCAAACCUUUAUUCCUAUAGCACAUUCAUAGUUCAUCACCUCUGUAGAUACACAUCAGGCAGCGCAGCUGUUGAUCGGCGCUUUUGGAGAUGGCUUGACAUGUAAAUGAGCUCCACUUUGUCUUCUAAGAAGGUAACGGUAAUGGUGCCUACAUCACAUAUAAUCAUGUAAGCUCAAGUGCUCGCCCACUGCUUUUUGUUUGCUUUCAGCCUCAGCCUCAGUGCCACGGUAGCCCUCUCCAUUCUUGCAUGGUAGUAGACAGCUGACCUCAGGCAGGUCACGACUACUGACCUACUCUCGUUGUUGCCAGAACAUCUUCAUUCUUCAUCAAACGCAGUUUGGCCAGUUGUUUUGCAAGCGUUCUGCGACUGACGAGGAAUUUUGCACUGUUGUAGAUAAACUAUGUGUCGUAUGCAAAAGAAACAGCCACCUUCAGGAGCCAUACUGUUCAUUAGCGGCCACCUCAUCCAGUCAGGUCCUCCUCCUCCACCUUGCUCCAAACAUUGCACCACACUGAUCGCACGCUUUGCUUUUCUUCUAUUUGAAGCUGAGGAGCAGUACAGUGUAUGUAAAUCAGGAAGUUUGUAUAUAGAGAAUUAAUGAUUGUAAGAUGUAUGAUUGUAGGGCAUUAUACUAAAACACUUUGCUUACCUCAAGACUUGAGACAAAUCUCACCUUUCUCUCUCCUGAUGUUCAUUUGGCCUCACAGUACCUAUUUCUAUGUCCGCUUGUACGCUGACCUUCUCUCAAUUGGACUCAUUAUAUAAUGUGCAUUUUGCAGCCGAAGCACUACAUAUUGGCAACUUAUCCAAGACGCAGGUCCUUGUUGUGUGCACUAGACAUAUAUGAGCACGAUACAGGCCCGUACGCACUCUGGUACACAUGGACAAAUGUACAAAAAGUAGCAGUUUAUAGUCAACUUUUUUAAUUUGUAUUAAAAGACUCAUAUUGAUCAUGUUGGAAUGAGCUGGUUUUGUUGUGGCUUCAGUGACAGUGGAGUAUAAUUAGCUGUGUUUUUAAGUGUGAACACUGAGAAACAAGUCUUACGAGCUACAAACCGCUCACUAUAUGACUGUAAGGCUAAGGCUGUUAUACUGUAUGCUUUGGUCAUGAGUUCUAGCAAAUAUCCAACCAUGGCCGAGUAAGUAUAACCAACUAUAUAUUCUACAGCAGCUGUCCUAGAUCAUAUUUUUUGUUUUCAAGUUCUCGGUUGCAAAAACUAUAACAAGAGAGAAAAGAAAGAAACGGGUCUUUUGCAGGCUCUCAGAUGCUCUGAGAGGAUGUGAGGUAUGAAGUUCUGCUUGCGAUCCAGCAGUGGCUCAGCAAAUACAAUCAUGUCUCUCCACACCCUGCGCUUUAUACUGUAUGAAGCUGUUUUACCGUCGCUGUCUUUGUCAUGUCCCUCAGAGCAUUUUAUGACUGUAAUUGAUUGUAGACGCCCUAUUUUAUACUGAGAGUUCUUUCAGAAUACAGUAUGUGCUGUUGUACAUUAAAUGUAUUGUAUGGAGAAAGCUAAAUAAAUGCUGUUUAA